AUGGGGAAGAUGCCGGUGCGGAUGAAGGCGGUGGUGUACGCGCUGUCGCCGUUCCAGCAGCAGGUGAUGCCGGGCCUGUGGAAGGACAUCACCACCAAGAUCCACCACAAGGUCUCCGAGAACUGGAUCUCCGCCACGCUCCUCAUCACCCCCGUCGUCGGCACCUACCAGUACGCUCGGCAUGGUUUGCGGGAAAUGGGGAUUGAAAUGGCAGGGGAGAUCUAG